GUUCAAUAUGCGCAUUUAAGUAUACUGCGUAUUAAAACGUUUUAAACUACUCGGUACUCAUAGUGCACGCCAAUAGAAAAAUAAAAUGUACCAACGAUUUUAGGAAAUUCCCAGAAGGGGGAAAAUUGCCGAAAGUACUAGAUAACGAACUGAUUAUAGCGAUCCGAGAAAGAGAUGCCGCGAAAAACCGUUUGGAAAUCAAAUGCAAGGAAAAAAAGGCGUUUGACCGAGAAAUGAAGGAAAAGUGGAAAGAUCUGGAGCAGAAAUUGAAUGAGUUGCGUGUAGAUGAGUCGGAACACGAACAAUUUUCUCUGGUGAGUACCUGCAAAUAUUAAAACUGUAAUAAAAUAUGUUGAUGAACUAAAAUAGUAAACACCAAAAAUAACAACCAAAAACUAUAUAAGAAAUGCUUUAAAAGUAUAAAAAUGUCCUUUUAUAUCUAAAACGUAUAAAAAUGGUUAUUAUUAAAAAUAUAAUAUUUUGUUUGUUAAUUAAAUCAAGCCAUUGAUAGGUACAUCAUUAUAAAUUAUUGUUGAUUUUUAUACUUAAAAUGUACAUACCUACCACUAUAAUAUAUAGGAAAACGAAUUGAAAUGCGAAAUGCUCGAGAGAAGGACGAACGAAGAUGUCGAAGUGAGGAAACGCUACGAAGAACAAAUAGUGCCAAUGCAACAGUCAAUUUUACAGCUCGAAGAAGCAUCUGAAAAAAUGCAACACAGCGUGGAGGAGUUGAAACCGUUCGAAGUAAAUACUAUACGAAUUUAUAUUAUAGUAUGUCGAACAUAUUUUUCAGCCAAAAGACGUACAAAUAGUUCAAAUUUUGAGAUUAAUGUUAAUUAUAUAAAUAAUAUAUAAUACUUUUUGUUUCGUCGUUUUUAGGAUUUUCUUGAAAAAGUCGUCAAUGAAUCGAAAGAGUUCAAAAAUAUCGACGACAUUAUUAAACGCUACGAAAACUUGACAAACGUCAGAAAGGAAUUGACGCAAAAGCACGAGAAAAAAACCGCCGACUUGAAACGUCUAACGACCGACGUGUUCAGACGUUCGAAAGUAGAAUUGAUAAUACUUAAGUUUUUUCGCGAACAUAAAUAAAAUCUUACUGAACAUAAUAUAUUACAAAUGAAAUUCAUAUAUAUAUUAUAAUAUAGGAAAAGAGCGAAGAAGCCGAGCACAUUUCUGUUGAAAUGGCGGAAGUCAUCGAAUCGUUGAGGAAGUUGGAGGACGAGAUAAUCAAAACCGACUUGGCGUAUCGUAAGAUCGAGAAUAUGGCCAAAGAAAAGAAAAUCGAAGGCGACUUGGUAACGUGUCGAUUUCUUCGUGUUUUAUUAGAACUUGUGAAUAAUAAUGUAACAGCAUCUGUACGUUUAUUAUAAGCAUAGGUGGCUGCCUCCGUGUGGAAUGUGUACAAACAAAUGUGUCGACGGGUAAAAAUGCCGGUGCCCAGUAAAAAACCGAACCUCGAAACCCAACUGGCUUUUAUUGUCGAGGAAUACAAACAGUUGACCAAAGUGUUACGCAUGGCCGAGAAAAUCCAAGAGAAAACAAAAAAAAAACCGUUGCCAAUAAACUAAAAUUGUGUUUAUUGAAAUAAAUCGAUACAACAAUUAUCAUUACCAAUUUCAAUACCUAUGUAUUGUCGGCUAUAGUAAAUUGUACAAAUUUAAAAUACACACAAAUAGUUGAUAAAAAUUUCCAAUUGACAUCAUACUUUUUUUUUUCUACUACUAUUUAAGUUAUGUAAGGUUUGUUCGUAUCGUUUUUAGUUUUACACAAUUUUAAUGUUAGUUAUUAAGAUUGGAAGAUCCCGGAAUAAUAGUUUUAACCGCACACCUGAUUCGACUUUUUUUUAAACUAAAUUUAAAGAAAACAUUUUUCUAUAUUUAGACGCAACAAUAACAUGAACG